UGCCAUUGGUCUAGUUUUGUAUAGAAUUUGGGCGGUUUUGGUGAAAACCUGGCAACCCUGAGUCCCUGACUAUCAGCCAUUUCACCUCAAACUGUCUUCAAGCAGCAAAAACCCGCCGCAGCGAAAUAAACCCUCCCGAAACACCGGACAGGUGAUCGCGUGUCAGAAUGGCUCGUACUAAGCAGACCGCCCGUAAAUCCACCGGAGGAAAAGCUCCUCGUAAGCAGCUGGCGACUAAAGCGGCCCGUAAGAGUGCGCCCUCUACUGGAGGAGUCAAGAAGCCCCAUCGCUACAGGCCCGGGACCGUGGCUCUGCGUGAGAUCCGGCGCUACCAGAAGUCCACCGAGCUGCUGAUCCGCAAGCUUCCCUUCCAGCGUCUGGUGCGUGAGAUCGCUCAGGACUUCAAGACUGACCUGCGCUUCCAGAGCGCUGCCAUCGGAGCCCUGCAGGAGGCCAGCGAGGCGUAUCUGGUGGGUCUGUUUGAGGACACUAACCUGUGUGCCAUCCACGCCAAGCGCGUCACCAUCAUGCCCAAAGACAUCCAGCUGGCGCGCCGCAUCCGUGGAGAACGCGCCUGAGCUCUCUCUCUCUCUCUCUCUCUCUCUCCAGCCUCGCUUCAUCUGUGUCUGUUUGUUUGUGUUCGCUCGCUCUCUGUGUUGUUUUUGUGUUCUCAGACGAGCUCUUGUGUCGUGUCGUUGUGUGAUUUAAAGCACAAGAGUUCAAGCCCUCAGGUGAUUAAUUAAGGACUCCAGGCACUAUUUAACACUUCCUGUUCCUGAACGAAAGAGAUGGACGUCUAAUCUGAAUGACGAGGACAGAAGACUGAUUUCAGGUGCUAAACUCCUCACUGGAAGAGUCAGAAUCAUCAUCAAACACUUUUCAUUUUUAUUUUUUCUUGAAAUAAGUUUUGUAUGUGUAUUGUUUGAUUGCUUUAUAAUGAUUUUCUUAAUUUUCCUGAGAUGCACAGAUGGGCAGGUGGGCAUAUGAUUUCAGUGAUGCAUGCUGGGAUUGGCAGGGGGUUGUUUUGUUGAAUCUUGUGUUUUUGAUGAGCAUAUGUAGCAACAGACUGUAUUUUAUACCAUUUGAUAUAUUCUUCAUGAGUUGUUUAGGUAGACACUCACUCAGGUUUUUCUACACCCUUUCAUGGUUUUAUCACAAGAUGAUUAUGUUUGUUUUGUUUUUGUGUGUAUGUACGUCCUAAAAAGCAAAUCUUUGUACUACACGAAUAGAGAAUUGGACAAUAAAUUGAUGUUGAACUGUUA